UGGGGCACCUGGGACGCGCGCCUCGUCGCUUCAAGCUUGGGCCUAGCGAGGGGGGUUGGUCCGAUCCCUGCACCCUUCACUGCAGCGGGUGAGACCGGCUCCGCUGCGCCGGCCUUGGGCCACCAGCCGUCCUCCCCACAGCCGCCGCCAACAUGCUGCUGCCCGUGUUCACCCUGAAACUGCGCCACAAAAUCAACCCCCGCAUGGUGGCUGUAGGGCGCUACGACGGGACGCACCCGUGCCUGGCGGCCGCCACCCAAGCGGGCAAGGUUUUUAUUCACAAUCCUCAUACGCGGAGCCAGCACUUCAGGGCGCCCAGGGUCCUCCAGAGCCCCCUGGAGUCUGACGUUUCCCUUCUCAACAUCAAUCAGGCCGUCAGCUGCCUGACUGCAGGAGUGCUGAACCCUGAACUUGGCUACGAUACUCUUUUAGUGGGGACACAGACUAAUCUCUUGGCUUACGACGUCUACAAUAAUUCAGAUCUUUUCUACAAAGAGGUGGCUGAUGGGGCCAAUGCAAUUGUGUUGGGGACGCUGGGAGACAUCUCCUCUCCUCUUGCGAUUAUUGGAGGGAACUGCAUGCUGCAGGGUUUCGAUCGUGAAGGAAAUGAUCUCUUCUGGACGGUUACUGGAGAUAACGUGCAUUCCCUGGCCUUGUGUGACUUUGACAGUGAUGGGAAAAAGGAGCUUCUUGUGGGAUCUGAGGAUUUUGAUAUCCGAGUUUUCAAAGAAGAUGAGAUUGUGGCAGAAAUGACAGAAACAGAGAUAAUCACCUCCCUCUGCCCCAUGUACGGCAGUCGGUUUGGCUAUGCCCUUUCCAACGGCACGGUGGGAGUCUAUGACAAAACAGCCCGCUACUGGCGAAUUAAAUCCAAAAACCACGCCGUGAGCAUUCACGCUUUCGACCUCGACGCGGACGGAGUGUGUGAGCUGAUCACCGGGUGGUCCAACGGGAAGGUCGACGCUCGAAGUGACCGAACCGGGGAAGUGAUCUUUAAGGACAACUUCUCCGCCGCGAUCGCUGGAGUGGUGGAGGGAGAUUACUGCGGGGACGGCCGCGUUCAGUUGAUCUGCUGCUCCGUGGACGGCGAGAUCCGGGGCUACCUGCCAGGCUCGGACGAGAUGAGGGGGAACCUCGUGGACGCCAGCGUGGAGCAGGACCUGAUCCGGGAGCUGAGUCAGAAGAAACAGAAUCUGCUGCUGGAACUCCGUAACUAUGAGGACAAUGCCAAGGUGGAGGUGAGCAGUGCCCCGAGUGAGGCCGACGGGCAGCGGGGCGUCAUCCCCGCCAACACCAAGCUCCACACCGCCCUCUCGGUCAACCUGGGGAGCGAGACGCAGGCCGCUCACGCGGAACUGUGCAUUUCCACUUCCAACGACACCAUCAUCCGGGCGGUCUUGAUCUUUGCAGAGGGCAUCUUUCUGGGCGAGAGCCACGUGGUACACCCCAGCCCCCACAGCCUGUCCAGCUCCAUCCGCAUCCCGAUCACGCCUCCCAAGGACGUGCCGGUGGACCUGCACCUGAAAACCUUCGUGGGUUACAGGAGCAGCACCCAGUUCCACGUGUUCGAGCUGACGAGGCAGCUCCCGCGGUUCUCCAUGUACGCGCUGACCAGCCCCGGCUCCGCCAGCCAGCCGCUGGGGUACGUCAACUUCACCAUCGCAGAGCGGGCCCAGAGGGUGGUGAUAUGGCUCAACCAGAACUUCCUGCUCCCUGAGGACACCAGCAUUCAGCACGCCCCCUUCCAAGUGUGUUUCACCUCCCUGCGGAACGGCAGCCCGCUGGCCAUAAAGAUAAAGCCGAGUGGAGAGAUCACUGUGAAUACCGAUGAUAUCGACUUGGCCGGUGACAUCAUCCAGUCGAUGGCCUCAUUUUUUGCAGUUGAAGACCUCCAGGUGGAAGCGGAUUUCCCUGCCUACUUCGAGGAAUUACGGAAGGUGCUGGUUAAGGUGGAUGAGUAUCAUUCGGUGCACCAGAAGCUCAGUGCCGACAUGGCUGACAAUUCCAAUCUGAUCCGAAGUUUGCUGGUCCGAGCUGAGGAUGCUCGUCUGAUGAAGGACAUGAAAGCAAUGAAGAAUCGCUACAUGGAGCUCUAUGACCUUAAUAAAGACUUGCUAAAUGGGUAUAAAAUUCGCUGUAACAAUCACACAGAGCUGUUGGGGAACCUCAAAGCUGUCAAUCAAGCAAUUCAAAGAGCAGGUCGUCUGCGCGUCGGCAAGCCGAAGAGCCAGGUGAUCGCCGCCUGUCGGGACGCCAUCAGGAGCAACAGCAUCAGCACGCUGUUCAGAGUCAUGCGGGUGGGGACGGCAUCUUCCUAGGAGAGGGACGUGCAGGCGACGGAGCUCCUGGGAGGUGUGUUUCCCUGAAAAUCCAGGCCGGUUUCCUGUGGAUCCUGCCCCGGCGAACCCAGGGCGCUGAGUGAAAACAGCCUUGGGGAGUGGUGCCCGUGAGACGAAGCAUUGCAUCUGAACAGUGUAUUCACUCUCUAGUUUUAAGAUCAGUAGUGCCGUUGUCGACUAACACCAGGUUUGCACGGAGACAGGUGAAUCCUUUUGGAACAUUAGGGCUUCGAAGUCCAGUAUUUCUGUACGUAUGUAAAGUUGUGUAUAGAUACAUCUUCUUCCUUGUAAUUGAAUUUGUGACUUUAAAAUAGAUUGUCUACUUUUCCAUUAAAAUUUAAAAG